AUGGUGAGCGAGGACAAGAACCCCGAAUCAUGGCCGGCAGGGCUGCACCUCAAGAGCCCACCCUACACUCUCCACUCCAGCCUUGAGCUGGCAGAGCCUCCUGUCGCCUCAAACCGCAAGCUGGUGAUUCUGAUGGUGGGCGCCGUCUCAGCCCUCAGCAUCAGCAUCGUGGGGGUCCUGCUGGCCACCUACCUCGGGCGGGCGGACUGCAUCCAGAGAGACUCCUUCAGCUUCCUCCCUCCCCAAGUCAACGUCCAGAACGAAGCGUCUCUCUUGCUGGCGCUCAGCGAACUGGGUGAACAAGGCGUCGCUCCAGGAAUCACCUGCGACUUAAGAAACCACUUGAUGGUGUACCAUGGCCAGCCAGAAGGGUGUGUGGCCCGAAAGAUGGAGGUGUCUGAACCGCUCCCCUCCUGCCAGGAACUGGAGGCGUACUUCCAAGCUGUCUUGAAAAACGCCACGCUGGGUAUCACCUCGGAGGUGCAGAUCGUGGGGACAGCAUCCCUGGGCAGCCUCACCACACUGCUGUGUAGCAACAAGCCCACCUACCUGGUCAACAGUUUUGCACCUUCUCCAAGGCACACCAUGAGCAGACUUGCUUAAGACAAGCCGGGAAGUUGUGCAGAUCACCAAUUAACAUCUCCUCUUCCCUCCUCCCUGCAAAAACCCCCAAGACGUGACAAAGGACCUCAGAAUGGCGCGUGAUCCUGUCACUAUUGAUUCCCCCCAUAUAGUAUGUGGGGAGGGGGCUGAGACCCUGUUUCACUGCAGCUCAAAUUUGUAUGUGAUUUCCCCCCCCUCCCUGCAACUCCUUGUCAUAACCAAAUCAUUAGCAAUAACAAGAAUUAUUAAAAAAAACUG